AGUCGAAGCCCAAGCAACCCACCUCGCCUGUCGCUUCCAUCUCCCCGUCGUCCUCCCCGCCGCCGGCGCUGCCCCGGCGGCCGGCCUCCGACGGUCCGGCUCCGGCGCCUCUCUCGCGGUCACCUCUAGCCAGAAGUUGCUUUUUAGAUCUACUGGGACCAUGGAUCAAGAACAAAAAUGGGAAGCACCUUGUGGCAUCUAUACUUACAAGCAUCAUUGUAGCAUGGGAGUUGACGUCCACGAGAUCUUUGUUAAGAAGAGCAGCCUGCGGGUUGUCCUGUCGUACAUUGGCGUUGUGUUCCUUCUUGUGAAUGUCAGCCAACCAUUGCUGGCAAAGGAGAGCCUAUCCCUUGGAUCAGUUUGGAAUAUUACAUUUGCCAUUCUUGUUGCCAAAUGUUUGCAAUACAAACCUGUGAAGAAAGAGUCUGUAGUGAUUAUGCCAGCUUUUGGGGUUCAGCUAGAGAUCCAUUUUUGGAGUGGAAGAGUUGAUCGUCGUUUUGUGCCUAUUGGCAAGAUUCUGAAGCCACUGAUAAAUGAGUGUGUGACACCGGUGACCUGUUACUGGAGCUUGGCAUUGCUUUUGCGUGAUGAAGAGGAACUCCUGCUAGUUUUCCAGAAAUGUCGUCCUCCUGUCAAAAUGUUGGUUCCAGUAUGGAAAGCUCUCUGCACAUUGACAAACUCUGAACGCCUGAGCCCUUCUAGAGUUGAUAAACCAAACUCAUUAGAAAAAUGAGCGAUAUGGGGCUUCAUUGUAGAUAUAUACAUUGCUCCAAAGAAGCAUCCGCAGCUGAUCUAGACUAGAUUAUAUUAUUGGAACUAUUGGUGAUGUCAUAAGGAUUCACCAGUUCUAGGGGCACUGAUUGUUAGAAGGAAGUAUUUUGCCUGGUGAUUUGGACUGGAAGUACAUACUGCUUAACACUAACCAUUCAUGAUUCCAUAGUCCUGAUAUACUAGUACUACUAGCGGAUAGCAUUCAUUUUCUGAUGUAAUUUUCGGUGCACUCAUACCUGUGUAUGUGAUGCCACAUAUGAGCAAUUCAAAUGAACUUUGUGAUGUAUGGGAAGAUGCAAGGUUUUGUUAAA